GAUCCAGGAGCGAGCGGCGGGGCAGCGGGGCGGGCGCGGUUCGGGAAGCGGGCUUCGGGCCUUCCGAGCCGCCCGCCCCUGCUCACUCUCCCGAAAAGUUCUUCGGGAUCCAUCGGGAGCGGCGCGAGGGCCGGGAAGGAAAUAGCAAAAUCUUUGUGGACUUGGCCUGAAUCAGGAGCCCAGAUGAGCUUAAAGAAACUGGUGCGGAACCCUCGGUUUUGGGCUCCCUGUACACUAGACCCCUCCAUGCCAGCUCCAGUGUCUCCUGCCUGUGCAGGCGAAGCAACAUUCUGUGAUGGGACAGCGAAGGACUCCACCACCAGCCUCAGCAUCAUCUAGAGUAAACUGACAAGGGAGGCAGACAGUACAGCCAUGGAAAAAAAUUCAAGUGUGUGGAAGAGCCUGGUGGCUGAACACCCACUCUGCAUAGCCUGGAAGCAGGAGGCGGAAGGGGCCGUCUACCAUCUCGCCUGUAUCUUGUUUGUGGUUGGGUUUAUGGGCGGCAGUGGAGUCUUCGGUCUCCUUUACGUCUUCAGCUUGCUGGGGCUGGGUUUCCUCUGCUCUGCCGUCUGGGCGUGGGUAGACGUCUGUGCUGCCGACAUAUUUUCCUGGAAUUUCGUGCUGUUCGUCAUCUGCUUCAUGCAGUUCGUUCACAUCACGUAUCAAGUCCACAGCGUAACCUUUGCCCGAGAGUUCCAGGUGUUGUAUAGCUCCCUUUUCAAGCCCCUUGGGAUCCCCCUGCCCGUCUUCAGGACGAUUGCUCUGAGCUCUGAAGUGGUCACGUUGGAGAAGGAGCACUGUUACGCCAUGCAGGGGAAGACCUCCAUAGAUAGACUUUCCAUGCUUGUCUCAGGAAGGAUCAGAGUGACAGUCGAUGGCGAGUUCCUGCAUUAUAUCUCCCCGUUUCAGUUCCUGGAUUCUCCCGAGUGGGACUCGCUGAGACCCACAGAGGAAGGCAUUUUCCAGGUAACCCUCACAGCAGAAACUGAUUGUCGAUAUGUGUGUUGGAGGAGGAAGAAGUUAUAUCUGCUCUUUGCUCAGCAUCGCUACAUCUCCCGCCUGUUUUCGGUUUUAAUCGGCAGUGACAUUGCAGAUAAACUUUAUGCCUUGAACGACAGGGUUUACAUAGGAAAAAAACAUCACUAUGAUAUUCGGUUGCCCAACUACUAUCAGAUGUCAAGUCCAGACUUGUCCGGAUCACCCCUAACAGACCAGUUUCGGAACUCCAGACAACACUGUAACAAAUGACGCCAGAACCUGAAGUCAUAUGAUGACUGCAAAAGGACUUCAUCAUUCCCGAGACACAUCAGCACAUUGUUAUUUUUAUAACUUAAAAUCAGAGUCAGGACGCCAUUGCCAGCUGUUUGAUUCAUUGUAAUUUCUGCAUUGCAAAUAAAAUUUACAAAUUGUCUUGUAUUUCUUGCUGUUAUAAUGGGACAUGGAGAUGAAUAACGACAGGCAGUUUGUCCUUUUUUCUCCAUCAUGCCUGGGAGGAUGUGAUUUCACAUUCUCUGAUACUUUCUCAAAUGCACUGUCUUGUUACUGUUGGCCCAGGAGAACCAAAUGUUUUCACCGGGAGAGCAGGUUGCUACAGUCCACAGACCCAUC